CUAGCCUGCGCAAGGAACGACGGUCUGUGGAGGCUCUCUAGGCUGCAGGAGGCUCUGCAGGCCUACCUCUCUGGUUGCACAGUCGGCCAUGGGGUUCCUAAGGAAGGCGCUUGUCGUUGUCGUAUUGCUGGGUGCGGGAGCGGGCUUGGGCUCCGCGCUGUUUGUCCUUGUGACCCCGGGAGAGCAGCGGAAGCAGGCGAUGCUGAAGGAGAUACCGGAGAAGCAUCCUGAGCACAGGGACGAGAAGGCCAGGACCCAGGAGCUGCUGUUGUCCACGCUGCAGGAGGCAGCGGCCACGCAGGAGAACGUGGCCUGGAGGAAGAACUGGAUGGUCCGCGGCGAUGGCAGUGGGAGAUCGGCAUGAACAGGGACUUGCCCUCGUGGUCGCAGGAAUCGGAGACGGCCCUUCUCCCCCGUGGACCGGCUGGGAGUCCGAACCAGGGAUGAGGUGCCCAGGUGUCUUUGGGGCCCCGGGAGUUGCCGCCGGGUGAGCACAUUCUACCACCCUACCCCACUCCCGCCCCGGCACUGGCUGGGCCUUAACUUCCACAUCGCUUGCCGAGGCCCCCGAGGCAGGAGUAGGAUGUGGUGAACUAAAGUCACCAAUAAAUCAUUUUCCCCCAUCCAGAGAGUGAGCCUUGCGGUCGGAUGACCCCAGACGCCUUGAGCUGUAGGGUCGUUGGUUCGGACGCCUGUGACAGCGGUUCCGCCUACGCCGCCCUGCAUGUGUGAGGCUGAAGCCCAAUAGGCGUAGCGACCGUAUUUUCGAAACACAAUCAGAUCACAUGGCAUAAACUUGAGUGUACUUCCCGGAAUAACCAAGCAACGUUUUGAGAUCAGGACUAUCCUGGAACAUCUUGUCCAGUGGACGCAAUAUAGAGGACAGUCUGGGCUCUUGUCCUGUGAGGGAGGUUGGGGCAGGUCAUCUAGCACUUACAUGUCAUGGUGUCCUCUGUCGCUGUUAUUUGCCCCAUUUUACCUCUGGCUAAACGGGCUUAGAGAGGCUGACUUACUAGGAGUGAAAGGAACGUUUUUUGUUUUUUGUUUUUUUUUAAAGCCAGUUGAGAUAAUUUGCUCAACUCCAGCACAUCACAAAGCCUCUGAGCCUCAAUCCUAUUGUAUGAAUUGUGAUAACUCUAUCUUGAGGGUUGUUGUAAAAGGAUCCAUUUAGAAACAUAAAGUGCAGUGCCUGGCACAGAGUGAGCUCUCAGUAAAUGUGAUGGCUGGUUGUGUGGUUUUUUUUUUCCUUUCAAAGUUUUCACCAGUUUUCAGUCUGUGAAUCCAGCCAUAAGUAUAUGUUGCAGCUGCCACUGACGAAGUGAGAGAAUCUCUGGCCCCACAUCAAGUCAGCCAAGUCUUUCCCCUUUUGUCUAUUUUAUCUACUGUGGCUCUAAGCAAGGUUUUAAUUGGAAAAAAAAAAAAGGUCUGCUUUUAUUAAAUAAAGCCAGAACAUUAAAUGAA